GUUACUGUAACUAUGUAUAUUAGGGAAAAUCGCGUAUAUAGAGAUCAGUGGGAAAAUCGCGCACUUCUCACUUUUAGGAGUGUUUGUAACUUAGUAAACCAUGAUAAACAAAACAUACUCUCAUUUUCAAAAGACGACUCCUUGCAAGUCAUUAUAAAAUUGCGCAAUAAUGAUGAUUUCCCUGGUGUUUAGUUUUGUUGACGUUACCAAGUCAGCCUUGUAUUUCGGAAUGUAUUUCGAACCGAGUGCACCUCGCAACGGCUUCGCACACUUUUCUUGAUCCACGAAUUACGAAGAAUGAAGAUUAAAAAGUAUCACGCUUGAAAUUUCGACACGUGCAGGCACAUGCACGCAAUUCGCACAAACCUACUUCCCACGUGGUAGAAGUGUUUUGAUCAUUAUUGUCACAUCGUGGAUCACGGGCAACAUACAAAAAACAGUCAGCUGCGAAAUCGAACGGAAUUCGUGGGUUUACUAUAAAAGGGGAAGACAAUAUUUUAUUACUCUUAAUUAAUGUGGUUUGCAGGAAAGUAACGAUUAGUUAUUAUGGACAGGCGGCACGGAUUAAAUACGCCUUCUCCGUUGAGAAAUAGCACGGCUGCGAAUCGACCCUUUCGAUCACCCUUUCAUACUAUUCUCAGCCCAUGUGAUAAAGUCAAUCUCAACGGAAAGCGUGUCAAGGUUUCAAACGUUAGAUCUUCUCCUUCAUGGACCCCAAAGAAGAGGACUAGUCAUCAGCCGUGUUUAAUGGGGAAAAAAAUUUGCUUAAAAAAUGAAUACGCACCAUCAGAAUGCGACAAAGAAAGAUCGAUUACUGAGGAUGAUCUUAAACAAGUCAAAGAAAGAAUCUGCGUAAAGAAACAACAAUUAGAAAGUGUGAAACGUCAGUUGUUGUACGAAAAAAAGCACGAGGCACAUGAUUUAAAUGAUCUUACGGAAAGAUGGCUGCGAGGGUGUCAAGAAGCGCUUAUGCAAUUCCAGAAAGAUAUUAGCUACCACAGCGGAACUGCUGUAAGCAUGCCAGAGCUUUUGGCGCAGUUAGGGAUUCCGCCAAAAUUGGUACAAUAUUCAGUUGAAGAUUGCAACUUUGUGGUGUAAAGACAGACAUUGAUUGUUGAGAUUCUUUGUAUCCAUAAAAUGGUCAGGAUGAGAACAUUUGUGAACGAUAUAUUCAAGCGAUAACCAACUAUAUAUCAUUAAUUUAAUCUGUCGACUGUAUUGAGUACUUGUGCAGCAGCAUAUUGUGCUACAAAAACAUUAUUUAUUUACAUAUUUUCGUACAAACUGACAAACUUUGUUUAUCAGUUUCUUAAAGUUAAGUCAAGUAUUACUCAAUAAUUAUGGGGCCUAAAUGGAUGAUCCGGAUCAAAGAGCUGGGGGUCUUUCACGUACGUCACAUCCUUGAAGUAGUAAGCCAUGAAACCUAUAUUUUAACGUAUAGAAUUAUAUUCAUUGACUGAAGUAAAAUUGGAGAGAUAAUCGAAAUAGAUGAAAUGUAAUUCAACCAGAGAUGGACCACAAAGUACCCUUAAUAUAAAUUACUAUGAUAUAUUCAUUAACAGUAUAUAAUGUCAAGCUAGCCAUCAACAUAUUAAUCAAAUUAUUGCAAAAAUAAAGCAUUGCUAAUCAAAAUAAUCGACUUGAGCCUAUGUUGCUGAAUACAUCAAUGCGUCCUACAGAAAAAGACGUAUUUUGGUGGGCUGGAUAGAUAGAAUGUAUUUCGCCGGCUAAUUUAGAACGGACAUAUCUCAAAAGAUGCUACGAAUUGUGUAUAGAGCUUUGUGUACACUUGCUGUACCAUCUUUUGAGAUAUGUCUGUGCGAUCUGGCCCACCAAAAUAUGUUCAUUUCCAUAGGAACUGUUGACAUAGUUACAAAAAAGAAUUUUAUGUGGAAGGAUAUUACCAUACACAAGUAAUCGAUUGGGUUUUUAAUAAUUCAUACAGGUUGAAGUAAGUAAGGCUACUGUAACGAUG